ACUAACCAACAGUGCACAGACAUACACCCAAAUCCUCUCACUUUGUCAAAGACGCACACGCCCCCUGCCACUUUCUUCCCCUUCCUUCCUUCCGUCUCUCUGCUGACUCAGCCGCUCGCGCGCGCACACACACAGUUUCUCUCUCUAGAACUCUCUGUAAGUACCGCUCUGAUCGAUAUUCUUUCCGCUGAGCUUCGAAGGGCUGGCUAAGUCAAGUGGCUGCAUGAGAUAUAUUACCUUUUUUCUCUGCAUAGAGGCUGAAGAUUGUCAUAAUGACUUCAAGAGCAAUUUUGCAAAGGAGGAAAAACCUAUUCAAUUCCUUGAAUCAAUCCACUUGCUUGAUUCGAGGUUUCCCAAGUUUCGAACAUGGACGUACAUCCCCAUCUAAUGAAUUAUUGAGCUCAAGCUGGGUUGCAAAUCAUCCAAUUGCUGCUACUAAUUAUCGAAAUGAAGGAGGUUCAUCUUCAGUCAACAAGGAUGGAUUACCGGGUCUUUCAGCAGCUGGUUUUUGUAGGCAUAACUCAUUCGCAUUUCCAACUUCAGGUUGUGGAAUUGGAAGGUCAAAUUGUGUUCCUUCUCUGGCAGUUCAGUGGCUUUCAUUAUCUAUUCGCUAUGCUUCCACGGCCACAUCCAGUCAACCUGAAAGGGCUGGUCGCAAUGAUGAAAAUCGACAACAGCUUGCUAAGAAGGUAAAGGAAGCUUCACCGGAGGAGUGUGAUCAAGCGGUGGAAGGUUUGACUACUGUUAAAGCCAAAGCAAAAGCUAAGCAGACCCAAGAAUCGCUAAAUAGUGCUGAAUCUAUAAUGAAGAGAGUAUGGACCAGGCUUCUUGGAAUCGGUCCUGCUUUGAGAGCUGUUGCCUCCAUGAGCAGGGAGGACUGGGCUAAGAAGUUUCGCCAUUGGAAGGAUGAAUUCAAAUCUAUAUUGCAGCACUAUUGGUUCGGUACCAAACUACUUUGGGCUGAUGUUAGGAUCAGCUCAAGGUUAUUAUUGAAACUUGCCAAGGGGAAGAGUCUUUCUAGAAGGGAGAGACAACAACUCACACGUACCACAGCUGAUAUUUUCAGGCUAGUUCCUUUCGCAGUUUUUAUUAUAGUUCCAUUCAUGGAGUUCUUGCUGCCAGUAUUCCUCAAACUGUUUCCCAACAUGUUACCAUCAACUUUCCAGGACAAGAUGAAAGAACAGGAGGCUUUGAAAAGGCGGCUUAAUGCAAGAAUAGAAUAUGCGAAGUUUCUUCAGGACACAGUGAAAGAAAUGGCAAAGGAAGUCCAAAACUCACGAAGUGGAGAAGUUAAGAAGACAGCAGAAGAUCUUGAUGAAUUUAUCAAUAAGGUUAGAACAGGUGCUCGUGUUUCCAAUGAUGAAAUUUUAGGCUUUGCCAAGUUAUUCAAUGAUGAGCUUACUUUGGAUAACAUCAGCAGGCCACGGUUAGUAAACAUGUGCAAGUAUAUGGGUAUCAGCUCAUAUGGAACAGAUGCGUAUCUGCGGUUUAUGCUUCGGAAAAGACUGCAAGAGAUCAAGAAUGAUGAUAAGUUGAUUCAAGCCGAGGGUGUGGAUUCACUUUCAGAAGCAGAACUUCGUCAAGCCUGUAGAGAUCGAGGAAUGCUUGAAUUACCUUCAGUGGAGGAAAUGCGGCUAAAGCUGCGUGAUUGGUUGGAUUUGUCUCUUAACCACUCUCUUCCAUCUUCCCUCUUGAUUCUUUCUAGAGCCUUCUCUAUGUAUGGUAAAAGGCCUGAGGAAGUUGUUCAAGAAGCGAUCUCGUCUUUGCCAGAUGAAGUUGUGGAUACUGUUCAAGUGACAACUUUGCCGUCUGAAGAUACUGUUUCAGAAAGGAGGAGGAAGUUGGAGUUCCUAGAAAUGCAGGAAGAAUUGAUCAAGGAGGAGGAAGAGGGAGAGGAGGAGGAGCAGGCCAGGAUGAAGGAAUCUGCUGAUAGCCGAAAAGAUGUGGCUUUGGAAGAGAUGACUACGGCAAUGGCUAGAGAAGCACACGAACAGGCAAGAGUGAAAACAUUGGAGAAAGUGGAGCAGCUUUGUGAGCUCAGUCGUGCAUUGGCUGUUUUGGCUUCAGCAUCUUCAGUAAGCAGGGAGCGUGAAGAGUUCUUGCGACUUGUCAAAAAGGAGAUAGAGCUGUAUAAUAGUGUGGUGGAGAAAGAGGGUACAGAUGGUGAAGAAGAAGCUAAGAGGGCAUACAAAGCUGCCAGGGAGGAGAGUGACCAUGCUACUGAGACAACAGGUGUAGGUCACAAGGUUUCUUCAGCACUUAUAGACAGGGUUGAUGCUAUGCUUCACAAGCUUGAAAAGGAAAUUGAUGAUGUUGAUGCAAAAAUUGGAGACCGAUGGCGGCUGCUUGACAGGGACUAUGAUGGGAAAGUGACACCUGAGGAGGUUGCUUCUGCUGCAAUGUACCUCAAGGACACCUUGGGCAAGGAGGGUAUUCAGGAACUUAUUAGCAACCUUUCCAAGGAUAAAGAAGGAAAGAUACUAGUUGAAGAUAUCGUCAAAUUAGGCAGCGAAAUAGAAGAUGCUGAUACAGCUGAAGCAGGGAAAUCAUAGGCAUAUGCACCCCAUUUAAUUAAUCAUAGCUCUAUCUUUCUGGUUGCAUUGGCAGCUUGGUCGGAGCACAUGUUGCAUAUACUUGGGGACACGGUGCCUGCCUCAAUAUCUAUGAGAUUUUUGCUUUAUGCCCACCUUGAACCGAAGAAAAAGCUUAAAAGAGAUUCUUUGCAGUUGUAGCAAUAGGAAGUAGUGAUGCAUUCCUUACUGCCAUGAAAUCAAUAUAUAGAAGGUGAGAGGUAUUACGGUGUGUAUACUUGUCACUUGACACUACUUAGCUAUGGACUUCGUAACUUUCUGAAUAAAGUGCUCGUGCCAACACUGGCACUUAAAACUCAAGAAA